AUGUACAUUGGUACAUAUGAAGGACACAGAAACGAGAAAUAUGAACGCCAUGGGUUUGGUCACGCUUUGCUACCAAACGGCGAUAAAUAUGAAGGCGAAUAUGUAAAUGGAAAGAGACAUGGCAAGGGGAAAUACGUGUUUUUCAGUAAACAGGCAAGGUAAUAAACUUAUUUAUACUACUGCGUGAGAAAUUUCUGCAAUUUGAUUGGCUUAGAGCCGUGGUAUUUCUACUUAAUUUGAAGUACUUACAUGUGAAAAUUACAAACCUUUUGCGGGAAGUAGUAUAAAUACCACUCGUGAUAUUUCAAAAUUGUCUCAAAUUUCACUCCCUCAUCGGCUCGUGAAAUUACGUAUAACAAUUUUGAAAGAUCACUCGUGGUAUUUGUGCCAAAAAUGAAUCAUGCUAUUACCUAUACAAAUAACGCGGCAAGUGAACAUUAUGGAGAAUAUUUGGGGUUUGAUAAUUCUUCUAUAGCGAUUAUUAAAAGCAAACAAAAGUACUAGCUAGGUCUGAAACAAAGAAAAGUAUAUAUAUAAUUUGAAGCAAGGAUAAAACUAGAUCACAAAAGAUGCAGUAUAAUCUCUGAUUUUCUCCUAUUGAAAAUUUGCACUUCACUAUACACUGAAGUGCUUAAAAAUCAGUAUGUAUCAAGUUUAACAUGGCAAAUUUAAUUUUGCAAUCGAUCCUGGUAACUCGAAACCUCGCUAACUUGAACUGUUUUUCGUUUCCCUUCAGGGUUCGAGUUACCGGGGUUCUACUGAAUGUAGAAAAAAUCAUAAACAACUCUUACCAGUUUGAAAUUGCCUAAAAAAACUUGAAUUUCCAUAACGUCUCCUUGCGGUUACAUUUAAUGAUCUGUCCAGUAAUUUCUUUUCUUGUACGGUUCUCACCUGUGGAUACGUAAUUCUUCUUGAAUCAAGACAUCAUGCAUGAAGGCCCUUUAUCCAAGACGCUGGAACUGUACAUGUGCACUAUACUUGAAUUUCACAAAAUUGGCAUAACUAUUGUUCACCGACAUGUUAUUUGGCUUGGUUUUGCUGCGAGUUUGUUUUAUAUUCAAGCGCGCUUUCAAACCAAAUAACUAACCAGUUAUAUUACAGAAAACACAGUUCUCUAGGGGCACGUUUCUACAGCACGUGUUUUCUCAAGUCCAAAAAUUCUUGUUGACUUCACCCUUAAAUUUCUACCAAAGUAAAGCAGUGCUCUUGCUUUUUGUAUAAUCGCUCAAUGAAUAUCAAAAUUUCCCGCUGAAGGAAAUGUUCUUUCUUUUCUUUUUGGCCGUUCUGUUUUUGUUUUCUUUGCCGUUAUUGUUGUUGUUGUUUUUUUAGACCAUAUUUUACCUAUUGGCUGGUUUCAGUUUAUUCAUAGUGCGUCGGCUUCAUCACAGCUUCGCGAAGCGUUGCGAUAAUCGUAUAAUUUUCUACUUUAUUUCUUAGGUACGAAGGACAAUAUGUCAACAAUCAGAGACAUGGUCAAGGAACAUUCUGGUACCCUGAUGGGUCAGUGUAUGAUGGAGACUGGACCGAGGGACAGAGGAAUGGUUAUGGUGUAUACAUAUAUGCUAAUGGCGAUAAGUAC